UAAGUGAUUCUAGACACUUCCUCCAAUCUCAUCAGAACCCUCCGGACUCAAGACUCCACGUCUCUAGUCUUCUUUAUAACAACCCCUUCUUUUUCCUUCUCCCUCUCACUUUACGCACAAACCUCCUUAACCCUCCUUAGCUCUUUCUCUGUUCCAUAGCUUCCUUGUUAACUCUAUAUUUUGUCUCUUUACUUUUUUGGGUUUCUUCAAUCUCUAGCAUUUGAUCAAUGGCGAAGUAUGGUGAGGGAGACAAGCGUUGGAUCGUGGAGGAGAGACCCGACGGCGCCAAUGUCCACAACUGGCACUGGGCCGAGACCGACUGUCUCGAAUGGUCUCGAAACCUCUUCUCCAAACACCUCUCCAAUCUCACAAUCCUCGAUGGCGAAGGCAACCUCUACGUCAAGACCAAGAAGGUCGAGAAGGUCGAGGGCGAGGCGUACGUGAAUGUGCGAAAGGGAAAGAUCAUACCUGGGUACGAGAUCAGCCUCGCGCUUUCGUGGGAAGGAGAAGCUAAAGACUCUGAAGGUACUUCUUUGCUCAAAGCUGAAGGUCUCGUUGAGAUCCCCUAUAUCUCUGAUGAGAAUGCUGGUGAAGACCCAGAAUUCAAGGUCUCGGUUAAGGACGAGGGACCCAUUGGGAAGACACUCAAGGACGCGGUGUUUGCGAAAGGGAAGCGUUUGAUUUUGGAUAAAGUUCGAGUCUUUGAGGAAACCAUGGCUAAGGGUGGACCUGCUAAGGAUGAAUUGGAGGUCAAGAAGGUUGCGCCCAAAGCUCAACCGGGUUCGAAUUCGAAAUCGAAUUCGAACUCAGCUGCUGCUGCUGCUUCCGGGAAGGCGGCUGAGGCUGCGGCGGUGGCGAAUUCGGCUGCAAAGCCGAAGGAGGAGGGGAAGAAGAAGAAGAAGGAAGGGUUUAAGACCAUAACUAUGACAGAGAAGUUUAGCUGUAGAGCUAAGGAUUUGUAUGAGAUUUUGAUGGAUGAGAAUAGGUGGAAGGGUUUUACUCAGAGCAAUGCGAGGAUUAGUAAAGAGGUGGGUGGGGAGUUUAGUAUUUUUGAUGGGUCUGUUACUGGGGUCAAUGUGGAGUUGCAGGAAGCUAAGUUGAUUGUGCAGAAAUGGAGGUUUGGAAGCUGGCCUGAUGGGAUUCAAUCAACAGUGAGACUAACUUUGGAAGAGCCUGAACCUGGAGUUACCAUUGUCAAGCUGACGCAUAUUGAUGUUCCCGAAGAAGAUAGAUAUGGGAAUUCGACUGUGGUGGAGAAUACCGAGAGGGGAUGGCGGGAUCUUAUUUUUCAUAAGAUACGGGCAGUUUUUGGUUUUGGAAUAUGAAUUUUUUUAAAGAUAGUAUCCCUCUGAACUGUAGGAUUUUAAUCAAUGUCUCUCUUUUUCAAAUAUGAAUGAAAUAUUGACAUUGUUCAA